UCAGUUGCCUUUAGAUGCCCAAUUCAUCUUAAGCAAGGAUGCACAGUUCAUAGGAACUGCAAUAUUAGGACAACUUUGGACCUGGGUGAUGACCUUUUCCGACCGUAUGGAUCAAUGGACUGACUUUGAUGAGUUAAAUAAUCUGAUGGACUACAGCAAGCACAAAAUCCUGGACUAUGUCAAAGAAAACUGGAGGGAUGAUGAUUUUUUUGGCUAUCAGUUUCUAAAUGGUGUUAAUCCCAUGUUGAUCAAAUGCAUCAAGGCCCUGCCUGACAACUUUCAGGUCACUGACGACAUGAUCUCCCAGUAUUGCAAUGUAAACUUGGACAACGAAAUAAAGAAAGGCAACAUAUUUUUGUGUGACUACAAGCUUUUGGAUGGAGUAGAAACACAUGAAAUCAAUGAAAAACAGCAAUACCUGGUGGCUCCACUCGUCCUGCUCUAUAAAACACCCAAGGAGAAGCUGGUGCCUAUUGCUAUUCAGCUACAGCAGAAGCCAGCAGCAGACAACCCGAUCUUUCUCCCUUCUGAUUCUCAGUAUGACUGGUUGUUGGCAAAAAUCUUUGUGAGAAGUGCAGAAUUUAACUUGCAUCAGCUCAACUUUCACCUGCUGCGCACUCACCUGCUGGCUGAGGUCUUCGCAGUGUCCCUGUUGCGCAACUUGCCCAUGGUGCAUCCUCUGUACAAGCUUCUUAUAGCCCACACUCGCUACACUCUGAAUGUUAAUGUCCUAGCUCGAAAUAACCUAAUAUCUGAGCAUGGUAUCUUCACUGAGUUUGCAGCUUCAGGUGGAGAUGGUAUGUUCCAAAUAAUGAAGAGAUCCCUGUCAUCACUGACAUACAAAUCCCUCUGUAUACAUGAUGAUAUUAAAGAGCGUGGGAUGGAGAACAUUCCAAACUUUUACUACAGAGAUGAUGGAUGCAGACUGUGGGACAUUUUACACAGCUUUGUCGAAGGAAUCCUGAAGCACUACUACAAGAAUGACAAAGAUGUUGAACAAGAUACUGAACUGCAAAACUGGAUAAGGGACAUUUAUCAACAUGGAUUCCAUAGCCGAGAAAAAUCAGGAAUCCCACAGAGAUUGAACAGUGUGUCUGAGCUGGUCAAGUUCGUCACCAUGGUGAUCUUCACUGGCUCGGUCCAGCAUUCUGCUGUGAACUCUGGACAGUUUGACUUUGGUGGCUGGAUGCCCAACAUGCCAAGCACCAUGCAGUGUCCCCCACCAACUGAAAAGGGGAAAGCAACUGAGGACAAAAUAAUGGCCGCACUACCAAACAAAUACACAACACGAAGAGCCAUCGACACAUUGUUUUUGCUGACUCAGACAUACAGUGACGCUGUCAAACUUGGUGAUUACCCAGAGGAACACUUCACUGAGGAGAAACCCCGUGAGCUGAUAAAGAAGUUCCAACAAGACCUGACAAAGCUGAGUGAAAAGAUCAAGGAGAGAAACAAGAACCUGCCUGUCCCAUAUGAAUACCUGGAUCCAGAAAAUGUGCAAAACAGUGUGACCAUUUGAG